AUGACGGAUUGGACCAAUGCUUUCGCUGUGGCGAGCUCGGCCACAGUCGCAUCACCACUGGAUGCAUCAGCACCAACCCGUUCCCUCGUCAACCCCAUUUCGACACUUGGCGUCGAGCGAGCAAUGGAAAGACUUACACCGUGGACAUGUUACCCCCAUUUCGACACUUGGCGUCGAGCGAGCAAUGGAAAGACUUACACCGUGGACAUGUUACGCAUGACCGACGCUGCUCUCGCUACCCAAGCUGCCCAAGCUGCCGAAGCUGCUCUCGCUGCCCAAGCUGCCCAAGCUGCCCAAGCUGCCCAAGCUGCCCAAGCUGCCCAAGCUGCCCAAGCUGCCCAAGCUGCCCAAGCUGCCGAGGCUGCCCAAGCUGCCCAAGCUUUCGAAGAAGCGAUUGAAGCGCCAAUCACAUUGUCUUCUGACGAUCUCGAUCUCCUUGACGCCAUCGAGGAGCAAGCUGCUGCCUCAAUGGCAAGUCAAGCUGCCACCGAGGGUAGCGGAGGAGCCACAGAGCCCACUCAUGACGAGUCCAACACCAACAACAGCCGUGAAGGUUCAACCAGUCGUGAAGGUUCAACCAACAAUCACGAAGGCCCAAACAUGACUCAAGAGUCCUUCCAUUCUUUUACUGUAGAAGGGACGUUUAUCAGCCAUUCACACAGGAUGGCUGAUAACCAAUCCUUCGAUAGCCACGGUGGCCAGUCAAGAGCCCAGUCCAGGGCCAAGCAUUCCUGGGAACAUAGGUGCUCAAGCGUUGCCAAACAUGUCUCGUGGAAGGCGCGCGCAAACCCUACCUCCUGGUUUGUAGGUACAAGCAAAGUCUUGUUUGCUUUCACCGAAAGGUACAAGUCUUGUCCAAUCGAUCGACACAGAAUGUAUUUCUAUUACGAAGAGGAACUAAGAAGGGGAACUAAGAGGAGAUGUGAUAUUAUUAUAGACGGAAAUAUCUAA